AUGGCCAGGCAAAGAGCCUCCGUCAACCGCCAGGACCCUCUCGAGGAUUAUUCCGUCUCCCCCGCAGGAGCUGCUGCCACCUCUUCUGCCCUGAGAAUCACUCGCUCUGCUGCAAGACUUGCUUCAGAUCCUCCCCAGCCUACCGACAUCGCUGCAUCGAAUCCCGCCGCUGGCUCGGCAUCCAGGAAACGCAAAGCAUCGUCACGCCAACCGGACGCCCCUAAUCAGUCAACGGCUCCCUCGCCCCCACGACGAUCGAAGAGACAGCGAACUGCAGCACCUCAACCAGCUCCUGCUGCACCAGCUGCCCCUGCUCCCCGCCGAGGCAUCCGUCGCCCAGCCAUGUCACAACCGGGACCCUCUUCUCGUCCAACGGAUGAUUCAAAAUCAAAUAAUUCUCCGCCCCCAAGACGGAGAACAAGCCGCAAUGAUCGACUCGCAGCGACACAGUCCCCACCACCACGUCGGCAAAAGAAGCGUCCCACGAAAACAAAUCCUGAUGUCAUAAUGCGGGACCCGGAGGAGGAUCUGGAAGAAGAAGAAGAAAAAGAAACUAAGGAGGAACACGAAGGAUCACAGACUGGCGAUAGUAAUGAUGGGACCAACCCUUCGGCUUUUGAUGAGGAUGAAUUGGACUCGUUUCAUAACAGCCUUUUCGGAGGUCGAGGUGCCGCGAAUUUGCAUAGCACACUGCGUGCACUCAGUGGCAUGAUGUCUGGCAUGUCCUCACGCCUUCGGGAUAUUCUCUGUAACCUGAGAGAAAAGGACGACCCUUCUCUACAGUUGAUCGCUCUAUCAGAAUUGUCAGACCUCUUGCUUGUUUCCAACGAAGACAAUCUGUCCGGCCAAUUUUCUCCUGAUCCAUACGUGAAGGAGUUGGUCGCCUUAAUGCAACCCAACCAAUUUGGCGAAGAGAAUGCCGAAAUAAUGCUUCUUGCUUGCCGCUGCCUUGCCAAUUUGAUGGAGGCCCUUCGUGGGUCUGUGGCCAAUGUGGUCUACGGGGGUGCUGUUCCUAUCUUAUGCCAAAAACUUUUGGACAUUCAGUUUAUCGAUCUAGCUGAACAAGCUCUCAGCACGCUUGCUAAAAUUUCUGUCGAUUUUCCGGCUUCGAUUGUGCGGGAGGGAGGUCUAACAGCAUGUCUAACAUACCUGGACUUCUUUCCCACCAGCACUCAACGCACAGCUGUGACAACCGCAGCCAAUUGUUGCCGUAACCUUCCCCAUGACUCGUUCCCCGUUGUCAGGGAUGUUAUGCCGACCCUUUUGAAUGUUCUUUCCAGCAAUGACCCCAAAGUCGUCGAGCAGGGAUGUCUCUGUGUGUCUCGCAUAGUUGAAAGCUUCAAAUACCGACCACAGAACCUGGAAGAGUUGAUUGAACCUGCAAUGCUCAAGGCAGUCCUACGACUUCUGCUUCCCGGUACUACAAAUUUGAUUGGGCCGCAUGUUCACACUCAAUUCCUGCGCGUUUUAGCGAUCGUGUGCAAAGCUAGCCCUAGCCUUUCUAUUGAAUUACUGAAAAUGGACGUUGUCGACACCCUAUACCAGAUCCUGACAGGCGUUUCUCCACCCGAGGAUGUUGAUAGCACGGCAGUCAAGAUGGACAGUGUCUUGGUUAUGCAAGCACUAAUCCAUCGACCCCGCGAGCAGAUCUUCGAGGCUCUCAACGUUAUAUGUGAACUAUUGCCAGGCGUCCCUAAUGGCGAUGCGUCUCGUGCCGACAAUCUGCUUAGUUCUUACUUUGAUAGUAGCAUGUCCAUCGGGUUCAAAUCGACCAAAGCCAAAGAUAACCCUGAAGAAAGAUGUGCGCUGUUGGAAAAGUGCAAGCUCGAGCUCAAACGAUUUGCAACUAUUUUGUUCCCGACCUUGACUGAUGCAUACUCAAGUACAGUCAAUUUACACGUCCGUCAAAAGGUCCUCAUUGCUCAUUUGAAAAUGCUUCAUAUCCUUGAACCGGCUUUAAUUGAGGAUGCCCUUCGCACGGUACCCUAUGCUUCUUUUCUAGCCUCCAUUCUUUCCCAGAAAGAACAUCCAUCUCUUGUCUCCUUGGCUCUUCGAUGUGCCGAGCUUUUGUUCCAGCGACUUGAUCAUGUUUAUCAACAUCAAUUCCACCGCGAGGGGGUCAUUUCCGAAAUUGUCAAGUUGGCAGCGGCAACUCCGUCUACUGACGAAGAAGGUAGUUCAGCACGCCAUGAGAACAAAGGUGCGUCAGAAGCAUCUGAUGUCGAUAUGGAUGGUAAUGACGCACCCGGCCACGAAGGUAAAAACGAAGACACCGACGAUGAUUUGGAAAAUGCGGACGAGGAUGUCGACGAAGACAAUGAUGACAUUUCGGACUCGGAGACCUCAUCUGUCUCUGGCCGUCAAUCAUUGGAAAAGCUCGACAAUGCCCUCAACAACCUUGUUAUUAGGGAUGCUAAAGCCUUCCUACAAUCAUACGAAGCGGGACAUGGUGCUUCUGUAAGAAAUGAAGCCCAGAAGAUUCUAACCGAACUCCAAUCUUUGGCGACCAAGCUUAGUAACUGUUACUCUCCAAGUGGAGAUAAUGAUGGGCUUCCCCUUUUUAAGAAUUUGGCUUCUUAUUUUGAUGGAGAUGCUUUGGAGAGUAUCACAAGUUCUGAACUGCUUAACUCCGGUAUUAUUGAUGUGCUUCUCGGGGUGCUGGGUGACUUCAAAGCUCCGUGUAUUAGGCAUGCACGGUCUGCAUUUUUGAAGGCAUUCAUGGGUGUCACAAUCUCAGAGAAGGCUCAAAGCCAGAGUACCGCUACUACUCCGUUCAGUGUUCUAAUUCGGAAGCUUCAAGAUCUGCUUAGCCGGACCGAACAUUUUGAGGUUAUCACCGUCAGCCAUAAUUCGCUGGAGAACACCCGUAGCAACGCUACCUCUAUGCUUGGGAAGCAACUCCGACUCAAACUUGUUGCCGAGGACGGUACCGAGGUUCCUCGACCAUACAGAAACCUCAUGGUCUCAAUUCAUGCCAUCGCUACCUUCAAGGCAUUGGAUGACUUCCUCCAACCUCGAAUCGCGGUGUCAGAUCGUCCACGCCAAUCUCGCGCUGGGGAUGCAAUCCUUUCCCGCAUAGCGCAAGCGGCACGUAUGCGUGAUCAGCUCACUUCAUCAACCUCCCCACAAACCACAUCAUCUGGGAAUCGUCCUCCUCGUACCGAAGGGGCAGCUGGAAAUGCAGAUGACUGGCAAGAGGAAGCUGAUGACCACACAGCACCAAGAUCUCGACGGCACCGCCAAAUGCCAUUCCAGGAGGACAAUGAUGACCACGAUGAGGAGCCGCUGGAGUGUGCCGACGAGAGACAGAUUAGCGAGGAUGAAGACGAAGACAUAGAUGACGGAGACGAUGAUGAGGAGCUCAACGCUAUUGUUGAUGACCUUGAGGAUGAUCUGGAAGAGGAACCUGUUCAUGAUCCGACUGCUGUGAAUAUGGAAGUUGGGUCUUCUGGUAAGGUCACAGCAAGAAAAGAGGAUGGGACACGAGUGGGCACUCCAUCUCAGUCUACUCCAGCAUCGAAGCCUUCUUCGUCCGCACCCAACACUGCGACAUCAAACCCUACUGGUCAAAGCUCGCUAGCCACUGCUGGACGUCCGUUCACCUCGUACGCAGCGGCUAUGGCCUCGAUCCCCCAGGAUUGGCACAUUGAGUUCUCUGUUGAUGGCAAACCCAUUUCCAGUGACACUACUGUCUACCGAGCUGUCCACCACAAUCGAGAACAGAUAGACGAGACGAAAGUCAAGAAUGUCUGGUCUGCGGUCCAUACUGUCUCGUAUAAGCGUGUUCCUGGCCCGCCGCGACCAGAGCCAUCUACUCUGCCUGCUGCUGGACAAGAAGCCUCAUCCACUGCUGAUGGUCUUGAGAUGCCUUCGUCUUUGAGCAAAGACGCUACAACAGCAUCAAUUCUUCGCUUGCUUCGUAUCGUGCAUGAAAUGAACGCAACAAUCGAUGACAUAUUGAUGGAUGCCCGUGAUCAUGCUACCACAACGCCAGAGCCAUUGGCCCAGUUCAUCAACACCAAGCUCACUGCUAAAGUCAAUCGACAGCUCGAGGAGCCGUUAAUAGUAGCUAGCAGCUGUCUCCCGAGCUGGAGCGAGGAUUUGGCCCGCCUGUUCUCCUUCCUGUUUCCAUUUGAAACAAGGCAUCUGUUCCUACAGUCAACAGCCUUUGGCUACUCUCGUGCAAUGAUGAGAUGGCAUAACUCACAGAGCGCCGAGGAUAGUCGACGUGACAUGCGACGUGAUGACCGGCCCUUCCUUGGCCGACUCCAGCGCCAGAAAGUGCGGAUCUCUCGUGCUCGCAUCCUGGAAUCAGCGAUGAAAGUCAUGGAACUGUACGGAUCAUCGCCCAGCGUCCUUGAGGUGGAAUAUUUUGAAGAAGUCGGCACGGGACUCGGCCCCACUCUGGAAUUCUACUCUACAGUUUCGAAGGAAUUCUCGAAGACGAAGCUCAAGAUUUGGCGUGAGACAGAUGGCACAGCAUCCUCUACCGAUUACGCUUUCGGUAAACGCGGUCUUUUUCCAUCUCCGAUGAGCGAAGAGCAAGCAUCUCAAGAGAUUGGUAAAAAACAAUUAAACACCUUCAAGGUCCUCGGAAAGUUUGUUGCGCGAUCAAUGCUGGACUCAAGAAUCAUUGAUAUCUCUUUCAAUCCCGCGUUCUUCCGCAUUGCGGAUACACUUUCCUCCGUGGCACCAUCUCUGGGGACUGUUAAGGCUGUUGAUGAGGACUUGGCUAGAUCUUUGGUCAUGUUGAAGCAAUUUGUCAAGGCCAAAAGCGCAAUCCAGGAAGAUCGCACUUUGUCUUCCCAAGAAAAGCAAAAGGCCACUCAGAACAUCGUUGUUGAUGGCGUUCGUGUGGAAGAUCUUGGUCUAGACUUCACACUGCCUGGUUAUCCAUCAAUCGACCUUGUUCCCGGUGGUUCUGACAUGUCAUUGGAUAUCAAUAACGUCGACCAAUAUGUCGAGAAGGUCAUUGAUAUGACGCUGGGUAGUGGUGUCCGCCGUCAAGUGGAGGCUUUCCGAGCUGGCUUCUCCCAAGUCUUCCCAUAUUCCGCCCUCCGUGCCUUCACCCCCAGUGAACUUGUCAUGCUUUUCGGACAAGCAGACGAAGAUUGGACCAUUGAGACUCUCAUGGACUCGAUCAAGGCCGAUCAUGGAUUUAACAUGGACAGCAGAAGUGUUCGCAACCUGCUCCAAACCAUGAGUGAGAUGGAUAAUCAGCAGCGCCGUGAUUUCCUCCAAUUCGUGACCGGUAGCCCCAAGCUUCCGAUUGGCGGUUUCAAAAGCCUCACACCAAUCUUUACAGUCGUUUGUCGACCAAGCGACCCCCCAUAUACCCCGGAUGAUUACUUGCCCAGUGUCAUGACUUGCGUCAACUAUCUCAAGCUCCCCGACUACAGCAGUUUGGACGACCUCAAGAAAAGACUCUCCGUUGCCAUUAAAGAGGGACAGGGUGCAUUCCAUCUAUCCUAG